AUGGCUUCUGCACCACCAGUCUCCGGUCCGCCCUAUCCCCCGACCGCUGCCGGUCUGGGCGGUUCUCCCGUCCCAGGCGUCGACGACCCAGUCUGUGCCGUGCUCCUCGUCUUCUUCAUUGCCGCUGCCGCCACCAACAUGACCAUCCUGCAGGUCAAUAUGCGUCGAGGCCACAAGUUUAUCAUUUCUGGCAUGACCUUUGGCUUCUGCAUGGCCCGCACCACGGCCCUCGUCAUUCGCAUCGUCUGGGCGUCGCGUCCCCACAACAUUUCCGUCGCCAUUGCCUCCAACGUUCUCACCGUGGCCGGUGUCGUCCUCCUCUUUCUGAUCAACCUCAUCUUUGCCCAGCGCAUCGUCCGUGCCCACAGGCCAAGGCUUGGCUGGAGUCGCCCUGUCACCUAUGCCUUCCGCGCCCUCUUCUAUUCUGUCCUCGUCGUGCUCGUCAUGGUCAUCCCCGUCGCCAUUGACACCUUCUACACGCUGGAUCCCAGCACCCGUGGCGUCCUGCGCCGCGUCCAGCUCGUUGGCACCGUCUACAUGGCCGUCCUCUCCUUCCUGCCCAUCCCCAUCACACUCCUCACCCUGUUUGCGCCGCCCCGCCCCCCCUACCACGGUGCCGUCGAGAACUUUGGCCAGGGCCACAUGCGCACCAAGAUUGCGCUGCUCCUCUUCACCAGCACCCUUCUGUGCCUCGGCGCCUCCUUCCGUGCCGCCGUCAACUUCAUGCCCCGUCCCCUGAGCGACCCGGCCUGGUUCGACAGCAAGCCCGCGUACUACGUCUUCAACUUUGGCGUUGAGCUGAUUGUCGUCUACACCUACACAAUCGUGCGCUUCGACCGCCGCUUCUUCGUUCCCAACGGCUCGUCUGCGCCCGGUCACUACGCCGCUGGUGGUGCCGUUGCCGACACGAGCGUGGGUGCAGCGGCAGGCGAUGCGGCCGAUUCGGCGGAGCGUGGCGAGACCGCCGAGGUCAACAACGGUGGCAGCCCUGUCCUGGCACGCAAGCCGACGCUGGCGGACCGCACCAACUACGGAAACGACGUCUUUGGCUCAGACGAGGAGCCGACGCUGGGUAGCAUCAACGGCAACGAGGGCAAGCCGGAGCACUGA